AUGACAGUCUGUCUCGUGGAAGAUCCAGUAACGAGAGCAUAUCGGCCGCGAAACUACAUUGAAAUCUUAGAGAAACGGGUGACAUUUCUCGAGAGUCUUCUGAGGCAAUGUCGUCCAGAUCUUGCCAAUAGCGACCCGCUCAGACAAUAUACACUUCCACCAGAAGUUCAGCCAAAUUCAGUUCCCCUAGCUCAACACAUUGAAACACCCGAUCAACGGCACGGUGAUCAAUCAACCUCAUCCAGAGCCAAAAGUGAUGUCGAGGAAGAUGACGGUGUUGACAAGCUGUCAUCAAAGGUCGGCCUACUAAGUCUCAAUGCAGCUGGAGCGGAGCCUCAAUAUUUGGGGUCAUCUUCGAUUUUUGCUUUCUCACGCCUGAUCAAUUCAUCCCUUCGCCAAGUGGUUUCCUCUGACUUUCCGACGGCUAACGUGCUUGAUUGGACUGAGAACCGCUCUUCCGUGCUACCAUCACCGUGCUUAUUGCCCUCCUACGAAUCGGCUGUCAAACUUAGCGACAUUUAUUUUCAGAAUGUUAAUACACAUUACCCCUUCUUACAUGAGCCGACCUUUAGGGCGUGGGAGUCGAUGCUACUGAACGAGUCGACGGAAUUGGGAAUUCUUCUCCCCAAUUCUGUCUCGCUGUUUUUCUUGAAUAUGGUGUAUGCUGUUGGCGCUUUGCUUUUACCCAGUCUCGGAUUCUCAGCAGAGCGUUUAUACACGUCAGCACUAAUGUAUAUCGAUGAUAUCCUGGCCUAUGAUAAUCUAGAAGCUAUACAAGCCAUCCUGUGCUGCGCAAUUUACUCACUUAGGUCAUCCACUGGCACUUCGCACUGGAAACUCGCUGGUCUAGCACUCCGUCAGUGUAUUGAUCUGGGUUAUCACCGGAAUACAAAGCACCUUGCAGCGCCUAAAGAUCUACUUCAGGUAGAGCUACGUAAGAGGGUAUUCUGGUGUGCCUAUGUGAUUGAAACUCAAGCUGCCGUCAUGCUGGGCCGACCUCUUGGUAUCCCUUACCAGGAGGUCGAUGUUGAAUAUCCGAUUGACAUCGAUGAUUCAUGCAUAAAUGAAACUGGUCUUGUUGGCACGCCACGGAGCUCCCCGACUGACGCACCAACCAAUAUGACGAGAGCGAUUCAUACAUUUCGAAUUCGACGUCUUUUGAAUCGAAUUCACACCUAUAUUUACUCAAAAGCCGACCCACGCUACUCAAGAAAGCACGACCAACAGACCGAUGUGAAUAAUAUCCGUGCCGAGAUCGAGAAGUGGCGCUCUGAAAUUCCACCCACAGCUUUUCACGCCGGUGAGGAGCUUGUCUUGUUUACGACUGCAGAUUGGUAUGAUCUGGAAUACAACUACACGAUCUUACAGCUUUACCGAGCCCAAAUCGUCGAUCACCGCGUGGAGACUACAGAUGAGGUUUUCCUUGAUUGUCUGGGCGCUGCAGAGAACAUUUGCCGAAGCUAUCGUCAUCACUUUUUAGGAAAGCCAACGAGAUGUACCUGGGCAGCACUUCACGAGCUUUUCCUUGCAGGAUUGACAUAUCUUCACUGCCUUUGGACAUCACCUGCCGCACGACAGGCAGCUGGCCAUGGGCAAGCAAACAGCACAUGCAAUGACUGCACAAUUGCUUUAGUGGUCAUGGCCGAACGAUGGGAUGUUGCUGCACCCUUCCGUGAGAUAUUUGUGGCGCUCGCUAGCCGAACAAUGUUGAUGAUGAGUGAUAAGGCGGAUGAAAAUGUAUCUAAAAACGUGGCUUCGGCUGAUUCCGGUAAUUGGGCUGAAGAGGACUUGACGGAGUGGAUGAGAAUUGUGGCCGAUGCCGGUGUGCUUGAGGGCUUUAACGGACUUUUGACUGGUUUACCCAGCGAAUGA